GUCACCCGCCGGAAGCCUCGCCCAGCAUCAAAGCCGCCGGGAAGCUCGCAGCAAGCUGGAGCCGCAGCCGCCGCCGCCGGAGCCGGAAUCUCCCAGACCUUCCCUCAUGGACGAUCUCUAUGAAGCAAAUGGCAGUUUUGCCAUCAACUUAUUGAAAAUGUUGGGUGAAGAGGACAGCUCCCGAAAUGUGUUCUUCUCCCCUCUGAGCAUCUCCUCAGCCCUGGCUAUGGUCUUCAUGGGGGCCAAAGGAAACACCGCUGCCCAGAUGUCCCAGGCGCUUUGUUUGAACAGAGGCGGAGAAAUUCACCAAGGUUUCCGGUCCCUGCUCAAGGAGGUUAACAAGUCUGGCACUCAGUACUUGCUCAGAACUGCCAACAGACUCUUUGGAGAGAAGACGUGUGACUUCCUUCCUGCCUUCAGGGAAUCCUGUCAGGAGUUCUACCAGGCCGAGCUGGAGGAGCUGUCGUUCGCUGAAGACACAGAGGCGAGCAGGAGACACAUCAACGACUGGGUGACCGAGAAGACGGAAGGUAAGAUUUCAGAGAUCCUGGGUGCUGGGACCGUGGAUCCACUGACUAAGCUGGUUCUCGUGAAUGCCAUCUAUUUCAAAGGAAAGUGGAACGAGCAGUUUGACAGGAAGUACACAAGGGGAAUGCCCUUUAAAGUCAACCAGGAGAAAAAGACGGUGCAGAUGAUGUUCAAGCAAGCUAAAUUUAAAACGGGGUACGUGGCUGAGGCGCACAUGCAGGUACUGGAGCUGCCCUACGCGGGGCAGGAGCUCAGCUUGGUGGUUCUUCUGCCGGAUGAUGACACUGAGCUUGCCGUGGUGGAAAAAGCACUUACGUAUGAGAAGUUCAGAGACUGGACAAAUCCAGAGAAGAUGACUAAGGAUAAAGUUCAAGUUUUCCUUCCCCGAUUGAAGCUGGAGGAGAGUUACGACUUGGAAUCUUUUCUUCGAAGUUUAGGUAUGACUGAUGCGUUUGAGGAAGCCAAGGCAGACUUUUCUGGAAUGUCAGCUAAGAAGAAUGUGCCCGUGUCCAAGGUGGCACACAAGUGCUUUGUAGAGGUGAACGAGGAAGGUACGGAGGCGGCGGGGGCCACAGCCGUGGUCAGGAACGCUCGGAGCAUCAGACCCGAACCAAGAUUUUGUGCAGACCACCCUUUCCUUUUCUUCAUCACACACCGCAGCACCAGCAGCAUUUUGUUCUGUGGCAGGUUCUGCUCUCCAUAGGGAGGUGCAGUCAUUAUAAACACCCUCCUUUCGCUUCUGCCAACCUUGUCUUAAUACAGAUUCCUGGGACUCAACUGGUGUGGUGGUUUGGAUGCCCAAACGAAGAGUGUGCAUCUGGAAAGUCUGUGUGAAUGUCCUCACCGGGGAUUCCACAGCUGCUGAGGAAACUGAGGCAUCACAUGUGUGCAGUUUGGGGUGGAGAAGACUGUGUGUGUUCUGGAGGGUUUGGGCAGCUCCUCUUUCUCAUUGGCUCUGCCCUCACCUGCCUGUGAGAGGACAGCCUGCUCCUCUCAGAAUCUGUUCUUGUCGUUUGUGGGCAUCUGGAGGAGCACGUCAAGGAUCCACAUACCCACCCUCUCCACGCAUUCCCAUCCUGCAGUGACCUCAGAGCUCUGUCCCCCCUCCGCUGCCAGGCUCCCGUGGAAAUGCCAGAGCCCUGCGCCACUGCACACACAGCCAGAGGUGAACGCCCUGAUGGAAAGCCUGCAGCCACCCUGUCUCUGCCCUGUCAAGAUCCCACAGACUGUCCUGCAUGUCCCAAUCUCACACAGUCCCUCAUGGAGACAACUCCUUCAGAUCUUCUUGCCAUAAACCUUCAGGCCUGCGCUAGGAGGCAGAGCUCUGAACAAGCCAUGCCCUGUAGUCUCCUCCAUGCCCUCCUCGUCUGAAGCACCGCCCCCUCCCUGCCCCAGGACCUUCAUGUGAAGCACCUGUCAGGACAGCUGACCCUCUAGGUAAGCCACAUACAAGUCAUGUGUGGCUCCAGCAUGGCCCUCCCUACAGUAUGUUUUUUUUUUCCCCUACAGUAUUUGUUUUGGCUUAAAAAAGGAUUUGUAUUUUGGUAGCAAUUUGGAAACUAUUGAAAAGUACCAGAGAACACUGAAGUCACCCACAAUUCUAUCACUGUGAAAUCAGUACUAAUUAUAGUUAAUCCUAUUCUGUGUAUGCAAAUACAAACAUUAUAAACAUUUUAGCAUGUUAAUUACAGACUUCUGUAGCUAUUUCUACCCUUACUUGACAUAAACUCUCCUCAAGAUAAUUAUCUAUGUCAUAAUUUGAUAUGUCAAAUUGUAUCUCUCUAUAUUUUCUAUUAUUGGAUCUACUUUUAGACAAUUCAGAUAAUUAAAAUUAUAUACUCUUAUGAAUAUAUUAAAUAUUUGCUCGCAUUUUUAAUAUUUUAAAAGAAAUAUUCUGAAUGAUACUGUCAAGAUAAAAGUUGGGGACAUUUUGAGACUGCUUCCAAAUUGGUCUCCAGAAAGUUGUCCUGGUUUACAACCUCCCCACCUAAACAUGACCAUUUACACUA